CUGCACACGUUCAGCAGAUUAAGACUAAUUAGCUGCUAGCAUACUUCAUAAAAAUGACCUUUUGCUGCAGGCCGGGGUCGUUAUUGUGACAUUUCUUUUAGGCUGUCUGUCCACAUCAUGGCGUUUUCCCUGAGAAACGAUUCCCGUAGGCCUGAGAGCCCGGACACCGACUCCCCAGCUCUGUCCACCUGCAGCAACGCAGACAUCUUCCGCAGGAUGAACACCAUGCUGGGCAACGCUCUGGACUUCACCGGCGUGUGCACCACACCCAACAGCACCAAGCACAAACCAGACCUGCUCUGUGAAUCGGAGCUGGCUGCUGUGGGCGGCAGGAGGAUGCUUUUCCCCAACUGCGGCAGCAUACCCAACUCCCAGGACAUCCCUUUAUCCCGGGGCCCGUCGGAUGUCACGGACCUGGGCCUCGGGCUCCAGUCGCUCCGUCUGUCCGGCUGGGACAGACCCUGGAGCAGUCAGGAGGCUGACUUGCAUUCUCCCUCUUCCCAGGUUCAGAGCAGCUCUUCCUCCAUGCUGGGCAUGCUGAACAACCCUUUCAGUAGCAUCCUGGGGAAGCCGCCGGGCUAUCUGCCCCAUGAGUCCAUGAAUGUGACCGCUGACUUCCUGGAGAAGUUCCCUGGCAUGGCGCGGAUGGCGAACCGACUGGACUCCAGCUCCUUCCUGGACUCCCGCUCCAGCAGCCCUGAAGACUCUGAGACCAGUGGGUUCAGCUCUGGAUCAGAUCACCUCUGCGACAUGCUGUCUAAUUUGCGGAUCUCCCCUCCACUGCCUUACGUGACGUCCAACAUGCAGAAGGACCUGCUGCGGCUGGGCUCGCGCCUGGACCCCCAGGACACAAGCUCCCCUUUGACCCCUCCGCCCAGCGCCAGCCCCGCCUCCUCCACCAUCUCCCGCCGCUGGCGCUCCGGCUCCCCGUGGCCCGGCUCGGACAUGCUCGACCAAUCGGACGACGCGUUCAGCAUCGAGAGGGAAGCCCGUCUGCACAGGCAGGCUGCAGCUGUGAAUGAGGCCACAUUCACUUGGAGCGGUCAGCUGCCUCCCAGAAACAACAAGGAUCCCAUUUACUCCUGCAAGGUCUUUCUUGGUGGCGUGCCCUGGGACAUCACCGAAGCUGGCCUGAUCAACACCUUCAGUGGGUAUGGCCCUCUGACUGUGGAGUGGCCAGGUAAGGAUGGAAAGCAUCCCCGCUGCCCUCCUAAAGGUAAUGUGGCUAAAGGCUACGUUUACCUGGUGUUUGAAAACGAGAAGUCUGUGAGGGCGCUGCUCCAGGCGUGCUCCCAGGAUCCCUUCCACCCAGAGGACAGUCGGGAGUAUUACUUCAAGAUGUCCAGCCGCAGAAUGCGAUGCAAAGAUGUGCAGGUGAUCCCCUGGGUGAUCUCUGACAGCAACUACGUGCGCUGUCCCGCCCAGCGCCUGGACCCCAGUAAGACGGUGUUUGUCGGCGCUCUGCACGGCAUGCUUAACGCCGAGGCGCUGGCCAGCAUCAUGAACGACCUGUUCGGGGGCGUCAUGUAUGCCGGCAUCGACACGGACAAGCACAAGUAUCCCAUAGGCUCUGGACGUGUCACCUUCAACAACCAGCGCAGCUAUCUGAAAGCCGUGUGCGCAGCUUUUGUGGAGAUUAAAACACCAAAGUUUACAAAAAAGGUUCAGAUCGACCCCUACCUGGAAGACUCCAUGUGUCAAGUUUGCCUUCGUCAACCUGGGCCUUUCUUCUGCAGAGACCAGGCCUGCUUCAAGUACUACUGCCGCUCCUGCUGGCACUGGCAGCAUUCCAUGGACAUCUUGAGCAACCACCGGCCCCUCAUGCGCAACCAGAAGAACCGAGAUUCCAGCUAAACCCAGAGUCCCGACACUCUGAGGAAGUCUGAGGAAGAGCACCCCCUCGGCGGGGUGAAAGCCGCCCGCCGAGGAGAGCACGUGUGCCGGACGUCCCUCGGUCAGAGGGCACCAAGGCAUUCCACCAGGCACCAGGGGAUAUCACUGUAGGAAAUGUUCACUUUUGCACUUGCUCCAUUUUUGCUGUUCACAGUGGCACUAUGCACAGUGACCUUGUUGGGAGUAGACAAGGGGCCCGUCACGCUUUCAAGCAUUUUCUCCAAUGCGUGGCCACAGAUGUUAGUCAGCCUAAGGUUAAGAACUGGAUGAAAAUGGCAAUUUUUUUUUUUUUUGUUUUUUCCAUUUUUUGUUUUCAUGUAUUGCAUAGUGAAGAGCAAUCACGCAAGUCUCAUUGCCAUUCAU